GCAGAAGCAGAGGGGCCGUCAGGUUGCAGAGGAGGCCAUGGGCGAGCGGCCCUGCUGGCUGCCACUGCUGCUGCUGCUGGCGCUGCUGAGGUGCAUGGGACUCGAGGCGCAGGGUGAAUUCAGGGGGCGCUGCGGGCAGGACGGGGCGAUGUGGGACCCUGGGGCCGUGCAGGUCCAGGGGCGCUCACCUUCUCGCCCCCACUCAGAAUCGCAGGAAGAGAACCCGGAGUCAGGUCCCAUGAACACGCUGCUGCUGUCAAGGCCCUGCGGCCGCCGGGCGGUGCGCCCUCUGAUCGUGGGCGGAGUGGAGGCCUCGCGCGGGCGCUGGCCGUGGCAGGCCCUGGUGCGCGUGCCCAGCGGCGAGAAGUGCGGCGGCAGCCUGCUCAGCCGCCGCUGGGUGCUGUCGGCCGCGCACUGCUUCCGCAGGACCCCUCGUGCUUCCAAGUGGGUAGUCCAGCUUGGUGAGCUGACUCUGCACUCAUCUUUCUGGAACCUGCGGGCUUACCGCAACCGGUACAGAGUGAAGGACAUCAUUGUGAACCCCCGGGCUGAAGGGAAGCUCCACGACAUCGCCCUGCUGAGGCUGGCCUCCUCAGUCACCUACAGCAAGUACGUCCAGCCCAUCUGUGUCCUGUCUUCCACCUUCAUGUUCCUGCACCGGUCUGACUGCUGGGUGACUGGCUGGGGAGCAAUCCAUGAGAAUAUGGUACCUCUGCCACCCCCCUACCGCCUCCGGGAAGCGCAGGUUACCAUCCUGAACAACAGCAGGUGCAGGGACCUGUUCAAGUUGCCCUUUCAACGCAGCUUCAUCAGUUUCGACAUGAUCUGUGCUGGUGCUGAGAAUGGCAGUGCAGAUUCCUGCUACGGUGACUCAGGAGGACCCUUAGUCUGCGACCUGGAAGGGCUGUGGUAUCAGAUUGGAAUUGUGAGCUGGGGAGUGGGCUGUGGUCGGCCCACCAGGCCUGGAGUCUACACCAACGUCAGCUGGCACUUCGGAUGGCUCUGGACACUGAUGUCCCACAGUGCACACAGGCUAGACGCCUCCCUGCUGCCGCUGUUCCUCUCUACGCUCUGGGCUCUGCAGUUCCUGGAGCUGGCUGAGUCCAGUUGGCCCAUGUGAGCACCACAGUGCUGAUACACUCAGGGUCCUGUGGGGACAGCCUGCCAGACCAGGCGUCAGUCCCCUCCUGACCCAUUUGCUAAUAAACACAGUGCGUGUCUGAAUUUGUGCUCUGCAGAGCUUUCUUGGCAUCCAGUGGCUUCCUGGACAACUGUCUGUGUUCACCCAUGACCAGUCCAGCCCAGGACCUGUCCCAA